UCAAAGACUUUAAAGUCAAAAUAAAUAUGCGCACUGACUAUAUUCUGUCUGUUUCUUUUCUUCAAAACAUAAAUAAUGUUUUUCCACGUGAUAAAUAACGUGUCAUGUGAUAAGAAGAAAAAUGGCAGCUUGCAGCUUUAAAAAUCUCACUGGAAGGAUCCUUUCAAUUUAUGUUAUACUUUCUUUUCCUUUGUUGGUUUCAUCAGUAAUGCAGUCCAACUGUAAACCAGACAAUAAGAUGGAUAAUGCUAGAGUGACUAUUAUAAAUAACACCACAAAACCUGGAGUCUCAUCUUUAGAUCUACUUGUCUCUUCCAUCACAGCUGAAUGUUAUACUUGUGAUCUACAGCCUACAAUAGUAGUGAACUACAGUUCUAGUUGUACCAUUCUACUAGACUCACGAUGGUCAAUGAAAGUUGCAAUAACUGGUCUCAACCCUGCAUACAAGACUACAAACAGCUGUGGAGAAUUUAAUUUGUCAACACAUUUCAAAGAAUAUGGAGAGUACAAUAUAUAUGUAGAAUUAAUGAAAGAUAAGAUUAAAUGUAAAGGACCCAUUUUAAUGAAUGCUCCAGCUGACAGCAAUAUACCUAUAUACAUUAUGUUAGGAGGAUUCGUCUUUGCAGCUGCCAUGUUUGUGCUGGGUAUUAAAUUUUACAGAGGUCACUUGUGCAGUAAGCUUUUGAUGCAGUCUGGUAAUGAGCAUCUUAUUGAUCCAAAAAAAUCAAAAACGGAUGUUACUGAUGGCCUUAAAACAGUCCCUUUGAAGGAAAACAAGAUUGGUCUAAGAAAGCGACAUGUAAAAUCAUCUGCCACUUUAGGGCAGAGUAGUUAUGCAUCACAAGACCUUGGUUCAUCACCUGAUCUUGGUACUAUGCAGACCAAUAUAAACCCAACCGGAACACCAGAAAAUAAAAAGCCAAAGAAAGAGAGGCUCAAAUCUCUUGAUACAUUUAGAGGCAUAAGCAUAGUGAUCAUGAUAUUUUGUAAUUAUGGAGGAGGCAAAUAUUGGUUCAUUAAACAUUCCAAAUGGAAUGGUCUGACAGUAGCAGAUCUGGUAUUUCCAUGGUUUGUAUUCAUAAUGGGGACAUCGAUGGCAUAUUCUUACACUAGCUUACUGAGAUCUAACACACCUAAAUAUAAAAUGUUCUUUAAGAUAUUUAAGAGAUCUUGUAUAUUGUUCCUGCUAGGAUUAGUUAUCAACUCUGAGGGCUGCAAUGCCGUUGAACUAACCAAAUUUCGUAUGCCGGGAGUAUUACAAAGAUUUGCAGGAACCUAUUUGAUAACAGCCACUCUACAUAUGUUCUUUGCCAAACUAGAAGAUGGUCCAAAUACUCCUACUCGUACCAAUCCAGUCAGAGAUAUAACAGAUUAUCCUUUAGAAUGGAUAAUUAAUUUUAUUUUCAUUGGAAUAUAUUGUGUUCUAAUGUUUGGACUAGAUGUUCCUGGCUGUCCUAAAGGAUAUUUAGGACCAGGGGGACUAUCAGAAAAUAGUAGUUAUUUCAAUUGUACUGGUGGUGCUGCUGGAUAUAUAGACAGAGAAAUAUUUGGCUUAGAUCACAUCUAUAAAAAUCCUACAUCAAAGGAGAUAUAUAAAAACACAAUAGCCUAUGAUCCAGAGGGAUUGCUUGGAACACUGACAUCAUGUGUUAUAUGUUUCCUUGGACUACAGGCAGGGAAAAUUUUUAUGACAUAUAAAAACAGACAACAAAGAGUAAAAAGACUCCUUAUAUGGGGAUUUGCAUUGUGCCUUAUAGCAGGAAUUCUCUGUAAAUUUAGUAAAAAUGAAGGUUGGAUACCAGUAAAUAAAAACCUUUGGUCAGUAUCAUUUGUAUUUUGUACUGGAGGAUUUGCCUUUAUUUUACUAACAUUCUGUUACCUGAUGAUAGAUGAAUGGAAACUCUGGAAUGGUGCUCCAUUUUAUUACCCAGGUAUGAACUCAAUACUGCUGUAUAUGGGACAUGAACUUUUUCAUCAUAACUUCCCUAUAAGCUGGAGAGUCCCACAGCACCAUGGUAGUCUGUUAGCACUAGAUGUUUACGGAACUGCAAUCUGGCUCAUUGUAGCAUUAUACUGUUUCCAUAAAAAUCUCUUCUUUGUAAUAUGACAUGAAUGUCCUAAUAAACAACUGAUUUUUUAUAUGAUAUAUAUAAGUAUUAAAUUACUUAGAUUUUUUUAAAGAUGUAUUGAUACUUAUUUUGAUUUGCUUAUAUAUAUAUAUAUAGCACAUUGGAUUGGUUAUUUUGUUGUUAUUUAUAUAUUCUGUAAUGUGCUGAUAGUUCAGAAUUUAAUGGGUACUCUUAUUAUUUAGGAUUAAUUGAAUAAUUUGUUGUAGAGUAUUUCUAGUGAAUAUCAUAAAAUUAGUUUUCAUUAAUUGAUGAUCAUCCUGUACCAUUAUUCACAUUAUUUCUGAUUUACAGUACUUUAUUAUGAUGUAUGUUAUUUAUUUAAUAAUUUAAGUAUCCCCGUGAAUAACAGUUGUAUUUAUUAACUUUUAUAUAACAAUCUUCUUUUUUCAUAAGGUGAUUUUCUGUAAAUUUCAAGUGUUUUUAUAAUUGCCUCCAUUUCUAAAGCAAAUAAGAUGGGUUUCUUUUAAUAAAAAUAUGGAUUUUUUUUUAUUAAUGUACUAUAUAUGUGAAUAUUAUGGAUUAAACAGAUUGGUAUUUUGCUCGCAUUUGAAAUGUAGGAAAUUAUAAAAUCCCAUGAAAGUGUUAAGUCAUAUUUUGCAUUGGAAUUGAAGGUAUUCAAAACUGUGAGUCAAUAUGUCUCAAAAGAUUCAAAGUAAAUGGAAUGAAAAAGAUUUCUAAAUAUCUUUAAUUUGCAUGUGAUAUGUUUAUAUUAAAUAUAUAUUUGAGAAUUAAAAAAUUUGAUAAACCCCGAAAAAUUUCUAUAAAAUCAUCAAUAAAUUGUUGUGCUAUGUUUAAAGAUGUAUGUAAUUUUGAAUGAAUAAGUGUUGUUUUACCUCAAUCCAAAAGUAUGUGGUAUACUGGUCUACAUCUGCUCAUCUGUCCCAUAAAGUUUUCUCAGGAACUGCAAAUCAGAGCUUACUGAAAUCUGGCAUCAAGCUGCAUGUAAGCAUGUUAAACUGUGUAAUGCAUUUUUGAUUUUUUGUUAACAUGUAUGAAAUUUGCAUUGGAUUAUUCUGAGAACUGCAAAUCAUUAGUGAGUAAUAAUUCAUAGUUUAACUUCAUGUUAACAUGUUUUUCAUGUAUCUUUUUAUUAAAUUCUGAACUUAUUUCAAGAAAGAAACAUAAUUUUAUAAAAAUUAUCACUGUGCCAUUUUUUUUCAAAUUUAAAAAUGAUGCCAUCUUUUUGUUAUAGGCUGCCAAAAAAUGGUUGUUUCAUAAAUAUCUGUUUACAUUAUACAUUUUUUUAAGCUCACUUUGAUCAAAGUUUCAUGACAGCUAUCAUGACAAUCAUGUUUUUUUUUAAUAAUGUAUGUAAUUUUGAAUGAAUAAGUGUUGUUUUACCCCCAGUCCAAAAGAAGGUGGUAUACUGGUCUACAUCUGGUCGUCUGCCCGAUAAAGUUUUCUCAGGAACUGCAAAUCAGAGCAGUAAUCAAUAAUGAUAAUUUAUGAAGUGCUUUCAUGAUUUGAUAAGUUAAACUUAAUAUUGUAAACAAUCCUCAGGGGAACAAUUUCUUAAUUAAGUGUCUUAGUCCUGACUUAGUACAGGUAUUUGAAUGAAACUGGUCUGUUGAACCUGAUUUUACAGGGCAAAGAUAUAAAUCAUAGUUAUUCCAAUGAGUUUCAAGGAAAGAUUAAAUUGUAUAUAUAUUCGUCAUCUUAAUAUGGGUGUUUAUGAGACAUGAAGGAAGGGAUUUGAGAUGCUUUUGUAUUUAAUAUUUAUAUAUGUGCUAAUAUGAAGAAAAAUGUGUUUUAUUCUAUUUAUAACUAAAAACAAUUACAGUAUAAAUAUGUUAUUAAAUGAAUGAAAUUUG